AAGUGAUUCUUGGAGAGGAUCGCAUUGAUUGUGGCAUCGAAGGCGCCCGCAUUCACUGCCGGAUGCGGCGUUGAGUGGUACCCUGGGCGUCCUCCUCCACCAUCUCCGCCAUCUCCCAUCUCAUUUCCAUGGUUACCGAGGGACUGAUCAUCCUCCGGAAACAGCGUGCUGGCAGCGCCUAGCUUGCAGGAUAUUUUCGGUAAUGAGUACCAAGAAAAACCACCGACGGCUGAAACAUGGCUUUAAUGUACACGAGCACGGGAUUGCGAGCACCAACGGUACCGAGGGACCCGCGUCCCAGAUUCCGGGGCUGUCGCACUGUGCCGACGCUGCUCCUGAGGAGGCGAGACCCGGCCGCCGCGUCGGCAUCUUCGAGACAGACUCGGAUUACGUGAAGCUCGCCAAGCAAGGGGGGCAAAAGGGUUUAUUGUGGCAUGAAGAUUCCAAAACAAACGCUAAACCCAAAGCGCCAUACGGGUUCCGCACCAAUGGAGAUGCUCCGCAGAAAAUGAGCAAAGCUAAAAGAUCAAACUCUGAUGGUUUGACAUCUGGAGAAUCCAAGGAAAGUUCAUCUAAGGGGGCCAUGCAAAAGCUAGAAGCUCCUUUUGGGGGCGACAGUAAAUCGGCCUGGGAGAGAGAAGAUAAUAGUUUUUCUGGUAAAGAGAAGGCGUCCAAAGGCGACGAGGCCACUGACCAAAUGCAGAAGCUGUCUUUGACCUCUUUAAACUACGGAGAAUCAAACAAGUUUAAGAGGCGGUCCUACGACAAGAAGAUGCCCCCCAUUUGCAUGUCAAAGCUGCUGAGCUUUGGCUACGUGGAGGAAGACAAGAAGUCCCCCAACGACGACGACGCUUCAAGUAUGACAUCAGAGCAGACCAGCUCCAUAGCACUCGAGGAGGAUCUGGAGUAGGGCGUGCUGUGGGAAAAACAAAAAAAUCAGAAGUCUUUUUUCGUGUCUACUUUCUCAUUUUUUUUUCUUUUACGGGAUUUUAUAUUUCACUUCCAGCAUUAAUGGCAAUUUGCAGUUUUUCCAUUUGAAUUUGUUUCUAGCUUAAACAUCCAUUAGUGCUUAUGGUAUUGUAUUUUUAGAAGUAGCGUUAGAGCGAAUUAAUUAGUCGCGACGGUAAUGAAAAUGCAACCGAUUUUCAGUGCAUCUCUUAACAAAUAACUCAAGGGCUUGUGCUGAGGUAGCUGACAUACAGAACCUUCAUAAAACGAAUGCAACACCGACUUCUUACCUCUGGGAUUCACAGAAAGACCGAACCCUCAAACCUUAAGCUAAUUACGUGCCCUGUCUGAAGGGUCCACCUACACGCAUCUCAAAACGGGAUUCCGAGAGACUGCAAACGAGCUUUUCUGGGUGACGACACUCUCUCAUCAGGGAUAGCAGCCAUCGCCCACCUGAGGAUGUCAAAUACCAGCUUUUCAGGACUUUUCGCUAACAGUGUACGUUAGAGGUUUCCUUUCCGGCUGUCUUCCAUUUUAUGUGAGUGCGCGUGUAUUUCAACGUUUUAUCGUGCAGUUGUAUUUUUUUUUUACAUUCAUUUAUGCAAAAAGCUAUUAUGCAACCUGAGUAUUUUUUAUUUAUUUAAGGUCUUCCCAUUAAUUUUUUUACCCUUUUACAGUGAUUUGUUCAGAUUUGUUUAAUUGUAAUAUUUUAACAAAUUUGCAUGUGCAUGUACAUUUUUAAAAUCAUUAUUGUUAAAUAAAUAAACAGUUUGUAGCUGUUGUGCUAAAUUAA